AACAUGAUCGAUACAAACUUUAAAGCUUCUAGUACGCUUCUAGUAAUGGCAAAGUAGCUUGGAGUGUCACUUAGAAGGAACCUUUACUGUUCACUUCGAAGCAAAAGCAACGUGGGUAUCUGUCAACGGAGAUGACAUGGGAAUCUUCACUGUUGACUAAACUGACAUGACGCGCGUAAAUCUACGUGUGCGCUCCGCUGUGUAUUGUGUCGUCCUUUGUUUGUUUCCCGUGGUAACAUACUGCUCCAGGAUCGUCUGAGACGAACGACAAUUGGGGAUGAGCACCCGGAACAGAACAACCUCAAGGAACAGGGCACAGAUACCGUGCACAAGCAAGUGUGAAAAACGAGGCUUCAUCUUCAGAAAACAGGUACUCCUCUCUGGCAAUGUCGUCUGUCUUGACUGGAAACCCUUAAAGACAGGGCUGGCUCUCUGACAAACGGGAACAGUGACUGAUGACAGCCAACGGUUUACUCCACAUAAAGGAAGGGACAAGACAUACUCGUGUCUUUGAGUCAUCACAUAUCAAGCACUCCGAUUCACAACUGCAAGAAAUGCAGCUCUCCCCAGAGUUCAGUGGCCAUCUGGUGAGAGUGAAAUCGGAACCACCUGAUGUUGCAUGCCUGCCAGAAGAGGGCCAGCAGACACAGCAACAGCACCAUGACGAGCCUUCACCAGGAGGAGAUGCUGAUGGAGUGACAGCUGGGACGUGUCGCAUUAAAGAAGAACCUCAAGAGGACUCUUCGAAUAAACAUCCAAUCAUAGAAGUGAAGACAGAGCCUUACAACAUUGCAGUGUUGACCGAACAGGACCAGAUGGGACACAGUCGUCACUCAGCAUCAGAAGCAGCAAGAGCAAGCGGUGGUAUGCCCUAUAUUAAGGGCCAGGCCGGAAGCACUUGUGAUCAGGCAUCUUCAGCUGAUACUUCCACAAAUGCACAAUUCAAGAUCAAUACAACACCAGCUGAACAGCGAUUCAACAGCACUGCCCUAGUCACUGGUGAGAAGCCAUACAAAUGCAAUGUCUGCCCUGCAGUGUUCAGACACAGUACGGGUCUGUCACGUCACAAGCGAACACAUACGGGCGAGAAGUACAAGUGCGAUGCCUGCCCUGCAGAAUUCAGUCUGAGCGGGUACCUACAGCGCCACAAGCGAACACACACGGGAGAGAAGCCAUACAAGUGCAAUGUCUGCACUGCGGGAUUCAGUCGUAGCGAGUACCUACACUAUCACAUGCGGACACACACGGGCGAGAAGCCAUACAAGUGUGAUGUCUGCCCUGCGGAGUUCAGCCGGAAUGGGCACCUACGGGAUCACAGGCGGGCACAUACGGGCGAGAAGCCUUACAAGUGCGAUCUCUGCCCUGCAGAGUUUACCCGGAACAACUACCUCCAGCAUCACAAGCGGACGCACACGGGCGAGAAGCCAUACAAAUGCGACGUCUGCCAUGCGGAGUUCAGUCGGAGGGAGUACCUACGGGAACACAUGCGCACACACACGGGAGAGAAGCCAUACAAGUGCGAUGCCUGCCCUGCGGAGUUCAGCCGGAAUGGGAACCUACAGGAUCACAGGCGGACACACACGGGUGAGAAACCAUAUAAGUGCGAUGUCUGCCUUGCAAAUUUUCGCCAGAGCGGGACCCUGCAAUAUCACAAACGGACACACACGGGCGAGAAGACAUACAAGCGCGAUGCCUGUCUUGUCGAGUUUAGGAAGAGCAGUGGACCUGAGGCAUCACAAGCAGACACACACAGCUGAGAAGGCGUACAAAUGCAACCUCUGUUCUACAAACUCGAGGCAGAGCACAAACCUGCAGUGUAACAAGCGGAUGUACAUGGAAAUGCAACCCCUGUUCUGCAGAGCUCGGCCACAGCACGAAACACCCCAGACGGAGAACAAGCUGUCUAGCACAGCAAGAGCUAGUUCAGUCAGAGGCCGUACCUGUGGCUUCACAAGUGGCUACGACAGACUUGGGAUAGAAACUGUAGUGCAGAGUAAAGUGCAGAGGUGACGUACUCUUACACAUGAAAGUGUCUGUCGAGAGGUCAAGUAUGUUCUUUCACAUGCCCUCAAUCUGGGGACCUAAAACAGCAUGUGGUAGUGCAGCGAGACGAAAAGCUGUAGAGAUGCAAUCUGUGUAUCCCACUGUGUCUUGCUUCUGUUCGAUGUUUUGAAACUUGAACAUACGAACAAAUCGAGAUUAAAGAGAGUUGGAUCUGAACGGGACUGGGGGGUGAUGCAUGUGAGAAAUAAAGAAACACUGCCAACAAAGAAAAAUGGAAAGAACACCAACGACUCCUCAACUGACCAACCAAUCAAUCCAUCAAUGGAAAUAAAGAAUGGUUCUACAGGUAUAACAACUUGUAACCGAGACCCUGAGAGUUACGUUUUUGGGUCACGAGCAUCUGUUGUGGAACGCAUUACCAUCUGUGAAUUAUAUUUUAACCCGCAUAUAACGACGUUGCCAGUUACCGCAAGUUUGAAUGUUACACGACGGGCAUCGCUGUACGAGAGCACCGCGCUGCCGUGCUCAUUACCCUAUGAGUGACGCGGAAGUGAGCCGUUACCAAAAAAAUGCUGAGAAAAGCAGAUAUUUCAUGUGGAACAACCUCCCGUCUCAUUCUGGCAGUUGCUGGGCUACAUGGCAUCACGCUCGAGUUCAUCUAGCCGCACCAUGUAUUCUGCGGAGAGGCAGCUAUUUGUAAUGAAGUCCUUCGAAAUAUCGAUUGUGCCAAAUGAGGUAGCACACGCAAUAGAUGGCGAAACAUUUUGAACAAUGGUGUGGGGACCACUCGUUUUAGAAAAUUGAAAUGUUUUAGUACAGUACAGCUCACCCUGAGCUGGCUCCCCAAGAAAGAUAACAUCACCACCCGGACUUGACCUUGCGGAAUGUUCCAGAAUAUGACUCACGGACAACUGCCACGUGGCAUACUUGCACCGAUUGUGACGUCACUCAGGGAACCUAUUUAAGCAAUAUGCCACCCUUGUACCUCUUUUGUCCUGAUGAGGACAGUGCCACUGUAGAAACGUCCACCAUUCUUUUUUUAAUCUCUGUGUUAAAUUACCCAUUAA